GGCGCGCCGUGAUGACGCCAUCGCAACAGCGCGCAGACGUCGAGCCUCCAAGGGACGCUCGGCUCCGAGAUUCUCGCGAUACUUGCGGCGAGGGCUCCCAGAAGCACCUCCUCGUCGGAAGCAUGUCUGCGGUGCGGCCCCGGCCCCGCGCCGAGCGCUAAAGGGAGCAGGCGCCAUGCAGUUAUCUGGGACACGCUGGGAAAUAAGCAGUUCUGUUCCUUCAAAAUAAGAACCAAGACUCAGGGCUUCUGCAGAAAUGAAUACAGCCUGACUGGACUGUGUAAUCGGUCAUCCUGUCCCCUGGCAAAUAGCCAGUAUGCCACUGUCCGGGAGGAGAAGGGGCAGUGCUACCUGUAUAUGAAGGUUAUAGAGCGAGCAGCUUUUCCCAGGCGGCUCUGGGAGCGGGUCCGGCUCAGUAAGAACUAUGAGAAAGCUCUGGAACAAAUAGACGAGAAUUUAAUUUACUGGCCCCGUUUCAUUCGACACAAAUGUAAGCAGAGAUUCACCAAGAUAACGCAGUACCUCAUUCGAAUCAGGAAGCUGACACUAAAGCGACAGAAGAAACUUGUUCCUUUGAGCAAGAAGGUGGAGCGCAGGGAGAAGAGAAGAGAGGAAAAGGCACUCAUAGCCGCUCAGCUGGACAGCGCCAUCGAGAAGGAGUUACUGGAGAGACUGAAGCAGGACACGUAUGGCGACAUCUACAACUUCCCAAUCCAUGCCUUUGACAAGGCCCUGGAACAGCAGGAGGCAGAGACGGACUCUUCAGAUGCUGAGGAGAAGGAUGAAGAUGAUGAUGAAGAUGUAGGAGAAAAACAGUUUGUGGAAGAUGAGGAGGUGGAUGAGAGUGACUUAAGUGAUUUUGAGGAUAUGGAUAAGCUGAAUGCCAGCAGCGAUGAAGAUCAGGAUGACAAAUCCUCCAGUGAGGAGGAAGAGAAAAAGGCCCUUAAUGCCAAACACAAAGGCAAAGCACCUACAAAAGGACCUGUGCAGAGAAAACGAGCCUACGUGGAGAUUGAGUACGAGCAGGAGGCAGAGCCUGUGGCCAAGGCCAAGGCCACAGCCGUGUGAUUUGUCCUGACAUCUGUCAUCGGACCCCUUUUCCUUUAUCGCGCACACACCCUCCCCAGCUCUGCCGCUGCUGCUGUGUUGUAUAUAACAGAGGAUUUGAGUUUUUACUAUUUGUGCCACUUGACUGGGACAAGAAAUCUGGAGUGGAGGAAAGCCUUAAAUUGUGAAGAGUAUUUUUAUAACACAUGUAUUGAAGUGACCACUUAAGCCCAGGAAGCUUAACAGACGAGAAGCUCCGCUGAGGUUAGCAAUAUUAAAAUAUUCCUAAGUUGUAAGCACUAAA